UUCAGUGAUUUUGGUAGGAACGUUGAAACGUUGAAUGGCUCGACAGUAGCCAACGGUAAUACACGCACACACACAUACGUACGCAUGGAUAAAGUCACACACACACACUCAUACAUAUGUAAAUGGUCACAAAUUGUACUUGGUAUUAUAUAUGGGAACAAACACGGGCAUUGAAAAGUGUUAGAAACGAAUUUUGAAGGCGAACAAAAAGGAAACGUAAACAUUUCCGGUGGUGCGCUAACAAUACAUACAUGCAUAACUAAGUAUUUGCUAAAGAAUUUUGCAAAAGUUAAAAUUGUCGUAAAAUAUCCUUCAAAAAUAUUUGGAUUUUGUUUGUGAAAUAAGCAGAAAAGUGUUGCCAGCAAGGAUUAGACUACGCAGUGUGUUUAAAUGCUAUUUUAACCAGUUUAAUAAUAUCUAUUUGAACAAGUAAUUUUAAAAAAAGCAAAAUAAUCAAAUUUGAAAUAUAUAAAAAAUAUAUAUUAAAAUAAGUUUAAAAUUGCAAAAAGGAUAAUAAAUAAUAAAAAUAUACUUAAAGAAAUUAACAGUGUGUUUAAUAAAUAUAAUAAAAGUAAACUAAACAAACCAAAAUUAAAAUAAAAAACUAUUUCGAGUACUGUGGUGACCUUCUGGGAAAUUUUUUAGUAAAAAUUAAGCAAAGAAAAUCUCCAAGUGCUGGAUUACGGAUUUCAGCGAGCAUUCCUCAACGUUUCAACUGCAGCAUCAAUUUUCAUUGGAUAUUAGUUGUUGGCCAUCGUGUAUUUGGCAAUAAUUUCAAUUUCGCCUUGAAUCUGUUUGCGCGAAAAUUUGCAUAAAUCAACUUUACAAAACAAAAAAACUUAAAAUAUGGACUACUACAUCAACACAAUUUACGCUGGCUGGCGUGAUCUCAUGGACAACAAAUCGGAUCCGCGCACACGAGAUUGGCCAUUGAUGGAUUCGCCCUUCCCCACCAUAGCGAUCAGUUUGUCCUACGCAUACUUCGUAAAGGUGCUGGGCCCCAAAUUGAUGGAAAACAGAAAACCUUUUGAGUUGCGCAAAGUCUUAAUCGUUUACAAUUUUGCGCAAGUGCUGUUCAGCGCUUGGCUAUUCUACGAGUCCUGCAUUGGCGGCUGGCUAAAUGGCUAUAAUAUCAGAUGCGAGCCUGUGGACUAUUCGAAUUCGCCACGCGCGUUAAGGGUCGCACGAGGCUGCUGGUGGUAUUACAUCUCCAAAUUCACCGAAUUCUUCGACACAUUCUUCUUUGUGAUGCGCAAACGCUACGAUCAAGUGUCGACGCUGCACGUCAUCCAUCACGGCAUUAUGCCCUGCUCGGUUUGGUGGGGCGUCAAGUUCACACCCGGCGGUCACUCGUCAUUCUUCGGUUUUCUCAACACCUUCGUGCACAUCAUUAUGUACACGUAUUACAUGUUGGCGGCGAUGGGACCCAAAGUGCAAAAGUACUUGUGGUGGAAGAAAUAUCUGACUGUCUUGCAGAUGAUACAAUUCGUUUUGGUUAUGGUGCACUCAUUCCAAUUGUUCUUCCGCAACGAUUGCAAUUAUCCCAUCGGUUUUGCAUACUUUAUUGGCGCACAUGCGGCCAUGUUCUAUUUCCUCUUCUCGGACUUCUACAAACAGGCCUAUCUCAAGCGCGAGCAGAAGAAGGAGAAAAUCGCCGCCAAUGGCAAGCUGAGCAACGGCUAUGCAAAUGGCGCCGUCAAGUCAAACGGUGAGCUGCCCAAAGAGAUCAAUGGCAAUCUGAAAGUGGAGGACAAUAACAAAUUCGACGGCUACUACAAGUCCACGUUGGCGUCGCAACUGCCCAGUGACACAACAACAACAACGAGACAGCGGGUCUACGCCACAGCGCAUAAUUAAUUUAUAACCGUAAUUUUACCUAAUAAUUUAAAAGCAAGAGAGCAAAAAUAUUAAUGCAAACCUAAAAGUAAUAGAAAUGUAGCUUUAAGUUAUUCGUUCUUAAGGCUUUUGUAGUUAUUUGUAUGUAUGUAUUUUAAUAAUUAUAUUAUUAAAAGCACGAAAACAAAGACAUGUGUUAGAAAAAGUUAAGUGAAAUGCAUGUAGAAAAUAUUCAAAAUUGUGUACACAUAUACAAACAUACAGUUACAAUAGUUGAGCAGACAAGUAGCGGCUUAAGCUGUGCGCUUGCGUCAAAUGCAUUAAAGUAUUUUAAAGUUGAAGUUAUUUAGUUGUGUAUAAAAGUUGAAAAAUACACGCGUGCAUAUUUUUAAAACUAUGUUUGUAAGUAACUAGCGUUUAAACGAAUGUCAUUUUCUAUGUAUUUAAGUAAUUAAAUACGCAUUUAUGAUAUUUUCCAUAACUAUCUAGCUCUCCGCACUCCAAUUGACUUUUUGACAAAUGCUUCCAAUUUACUCUGAAAAAUGCAACCUUAUUGUGAAAAAUGCAAAUUUAUUGUGAAAAAUGCUUCUUAAUUUAUUUUCGAAAAAUAUUUUUUAUUAUCUAACAUUUUUCGUCGAGCACAAGCUAAUUGUUGCCGAAAUUCUAUAGCUGCAAUUAUUCCUUUGUUUGCUGGCAUAUUUUUAGUCACUCUAUAACUGUUAACACAUUGCCUCCCCUUUGUUAUUGUUUUCAUUUGCUUUUUGUUUUUGCUUUAUUGCAAUAUAUUUUUGUGAUUCUUUUGUACUUAAAGCCAAACUUUAUUUUAUUUAAGCGCACACAACUAGUUGCAUUGUAUUCUGUGUUUUGUUGUUGUGCUGUUAAGCUUUGCUGGUGUUUUUCUAAUGUUGGUGUACUUGUAUUUUAUGCGGUUCAUUGAUUUUUGUUUUUGUUUUAGUUUACUUUAUAAUAGAAUAGCUUUUAAGCUAUUAGUUUCGUAUAAAAGUAGUUGCGUAGGCAAAUAUAUGUAUAUGUAAAUGCAAUUAAAAGAAAUGACAAUCUAACAGCAGAAGAUAUGUAACAUUGUAAAAUAUAUGUAUGUAUGUAUACAAAAAUUUACAAGUGAAUAAAACGUAUUUUAUAUUUUUUAUGAUGAGAA